AUUCCCUAUAGCACACGGAUGUGAUGUUAAUAUGGAUGCCUUCUGAGCUCCUACUAGUUAUUAAGGUUAAAUAGAUACACGCUGGAGGUUUAAGGUUAAAAUAGUAAGUGUGUAAUCAUGAGCAGUUUCAAAUGUAUGCAGACGCUGUGCGGUUACAGCCGCAGGAUCAUUUGGAUUAAUGUGCAAAAUACCACAAGGAAUAUUUACAACAGGCCAAAAAGCUGUCAGAACCUCUUUAAACAUGAGCAGGUUAAAAUUGCCCUCAAGCGUCAACAGUUCAAAUCCACUGUUGUCCAGGAAGAACGGAGUGAGGAUUCCAUACUGAAAUGGUUUCUGCUGUUGAUCCCUAUUACCACCUUUGGCCUCGGAACCUGGCAGGUAAAACGGCGGCAGUGGAAGCUGAAGCUGAUCAAUGACCUUCAUUUAUUGACGACCGCAGAUCCAAUCCCUCUUCCCACAGAUCCUGCAGAGUUGAAGGAUCUGCAGUACCGGCGCGUGACGGUCCGUGGUCGGUUCGAUCACUCUCGGGAAUUGUACAUCUUGCCACGUUCGCUGGUGGAUCCUGAAAGAGAAGCUCGGGAGGCAGGCAGACUGUCAUCUAGUGCAGAAACUGGAGCUAACAUCAUCACACCAUUCCACUGUACUGAUCUAGGGAUUACCAUCUUGGUGAAUCGAGGUUAUGUACCCAAAAAUAAAAUUAGACCAGAAACGAGGAUGAAGGGACAGGUGACAGAUGAAGUGGAGCUGGUGGGUGUGGUGCGUUUGACAGAGAAGCGCAAGCCGUUUGUUCCUAAGAACAACGUAGAGGCAAAUCGGUGGCACUAUCGUGACUUGGAGGCCAUGGCUAAAGCAGCUGGAACUGAGGAGAUCUUCAUCGAUGCUGUGUUGGAGAGUACAACACCAGGAGGACCUAUAGGAGGACAGACAAGAGUAACACUGCGCAAUGAACACAUGCAGUACAUCAUUACAUGGUACGGACUAUGUGCUGUUACUUCCUACAUGUGGUAUGCAAAAUUCAUCAAACGCCUUAGCUUAUGAAACAAUUUUUUGUAUGGUGUAAAAAAUUGAUGUUUUUUUCCCCAAUUGUUGGUUAAGUAUCUGAGCAAAUUAGAAAUAUGAAAUUCUUAAACUCCUGACUGCAAGCAACGUUUUUUUGGGCGGUCUGUUUGGAAAUUAUGGAGUUUACAGUCACGUAUUCAGAGUACUGAGACCUUCUAGUGCAGCAAUCCUGCUAUGAACAUCAUCCAUUGCUCGAACACUACAUUCAGAAUGGCUCAAUCUUGUUCACUGCCAAUGCUGGGCACUUGUGCAAAGCCUUUAAACCUCAGCUGCAUAAAAUGAGAAGUCUAAGUAACUAAGUGCUGUCAAAAAUGAUAAAUAUAUUUUUAAUAAUAAAAUCCAGUCAACAUAGCUUCCUUGAUCUUAAAUUCUCUCCUGCAUUCUUGUCAGUUAAUCAUGUAACAGAACUCCAUGACCAAAGGUUGAACACUUGUUUCUCUGUACCACCAAAUAAAUUUUAUUGCAAUUUA